UGAAAACCUUUCAUCGGCGACGGGAAUAACCAAUUUAAAUAUACGCUAUUUUAUCAUUUCUAAUUGACUAAUUGGAACAAAAUGAUGCACAACAAAGUAAAAUUUAAAUUAUUUUUAAAUCAUUCAAAAUAUAAAUGUGAUUGAUAAAUCAAUUAAUCGGUUAUUGGUCGAUUAAAAACACUGGGAAUAUUUGUGUGAGCGGUCCCCAAUUUUCAGAAUGAUCAGCUCCCCAAGUCUAUUCAGGGGGAGUGAAUAGAACAGCCAAUUCCAGAAUCCGGCUGCACGUUUUGUCAAUCUAAGGAAAUCUACAUCAUUUGAUCAAGCUGAAAUCAUUUAAUCGUCUAAGACCAAUAAAAGACACAAAUAAUGGCAUCAACAACUCAAAUAACAAUAAGAAUGCGAAGGUGAUGAGCACAAGUCUCAAAAGGAUUCAGAAAGAACUGGCAGAUAUUACCUUGGACCCUCCACCAAACUGCAGUGCUGGACCCAAAAACGACAAUUUAUUUGAAUGGGCGUCGACCAUCCUUGGGCCCCCAGGUUCAUGCUAUGAGGGUGGAGUAUUCUUCCUUGAUAUUCAUUUCUCCCCUGAGUAUCCAUUCAAGCCACCAAAGGUGACGUUCAGAACGCGUAUCUACCAUUGUAACAUCAACAGUCAAGGCGUCAUCUGCUUGGAUAUUUUAAAGGACAACUGGUCACCUGCACUGACCAUCUCCAAAGUGCUCCUCUCUAUAUGUUCCAUGCUCACUGACUGUAACCCUGCAGACCCCUUAGUGGGCAGUAUCGCUACCCAAUAUAUAAACAACAGGCCUGAACAUGAUCGUAUUGCUAAGCAUUGGACCAAACGUUUCGCAACUGGCUUAUAGCAUUAUAACAAGAGACAUCUAUUCAUGAAGGAUAUAUUUAUUUUGCCAUAGAGCGGUGCAUGUAUGACAUUAUACCAUCUUAACAGAGUACUUAUGAACUACUAGUGGAAGCUUAAGCGAAAACUACUAGAUAAAUCUACACAGAUGAAAGCUAUGAAUUGUUUAUGGAUGUUAAACUGCGUACAUAUAACAGCAGCCAUAUAUCAUUUUCAAGCAUGGUGAACUAAUAGAGAGUCAAAGUCAUCGAUUAUCAAUGGAAUAGCAACAGGGAGUAUAAAUAAUAUCACAGAUCAAUAGUGUAUUAUCACGGAUCAGUGAUGUUGUGUCACAAAGCACUGUUGUGUCAAAGAACAAAAUGAUCAUGUCACAGAACACUGAAACAGUGUCAUCAAUCGAUUCAGUUUACAGAUGAAGAGAUUCUUGAUUUGGACGAGUGGACACUUGAGAACCUUGGAAAAUAUUUUAUUGUCUAUGAA